CGCCGAGCCCGAGGGAGCCGGUCAGGGAAGCUCCUCCCCGCAGCGGCCGGGAGAGCCGCACAGCCGGAGUCGGAGACGCUCCCGGGCCGGAACGCGCAGCAAGCAGCCCAGCGCCGCUCCGCCAGCCUCGGCCGCAGCCCGACUGUUGCUCCAGGAAGUGACCAUGGCUAGCCUACAUGAGCAGCGAUUUACAGAGGAGAAGCCUCUGCUCCGUGGACAGGAUGCUGAGAUGGAGAAUUCAGACACUUUCCUGCCUGCAGUGGACACUGAUUGGAAGGAGCAUGACAUCGAGACACCGUAUGGACUGCUGCAUGUUGUCCUUCGGGGAUCCGCCAGAGGGAACCGCCCAGCUCUCCUGACUUACCAUGAUGUGGGGCUCAAUCACAAACUCUGUUUCAACACUUUCUUUAACUCUGAGGAAAUGCAAGAGAUCAUGAAGCACUUUGUGGUGUGCCAUGUGGAUGCGCCUGGGCAGCAGUCUGGGGCCUCCCAGUUUCCCCAGGGGUAUCAGUACCCGUCCAUGGACCAGUUAGCUGCCAUGUUGCCCAGUGUGGUCCAACAUUUUGGGUUCAAGUAUGUGAUUGGAAUUGGAGUCGGAGCAGGUGCCUAUGUUCUUGCCAAAUUUGCCCUGAUCUUCCCAGAUCUGGUGGAAGGCCUCGUUCUGAUCAAUGUUGACCCAAAUGCCAAAGGGUGGAUUGACUGGGCUGCCAGCAAGCUCUCUGGCCUGACCAGCACAUUAUCUGACAUGGUGCUGUCUCAUCUGUUCAGCCAGGAGGAGUUGGCCAAUAACAUGGAGCUGGUGCAGAGCUAUCGCCAGCAAAUUGCCAGCACAGUGAACCAGUUCAACCUGCAGCUCUUCUGGAGUAUGUACAACAGCCGCAGAGAUCUGGAGAUGAACCGCCCUGGCAGUGCGCCCAAUGCCAAGACGCUCCGCUGCCCAGUGAUGCUGGUGGUGGGUGACAAUGCCCCUGCAGAAGAUGGUGUGGUUGAAUGCAACUCCAAGCUGGACCCAACCACCACCACUUUCCUGAAGAUGGCUGAUUCCGGAGGGCUUCCCCAAGUGACUCAGCCUGGGAAACUGACUGAGGCGUUCAAGUACUUCCUGCAAGGAAUGGGCUACGUGGCGAACCUGAAGGACCGGCGGCUGAGUGGAGGAUCAGUGCCCUCGGCCAGCAUGACGCGCCUGGCCCGCUCGCGCACAGCCUCCCUCACCAGUGCCAGUUCGGUGGAUGGCAGCCGUCCCAGAGCCUGCACCCACUCCGAAAGCAGUGAAGCUACGGGCCAGAUCAACCACACCAUGGAGGUGUCCUGCUGAGAGUCCCCAGUGCCUCAUCUUUGUUCGGGGAGCUGUGGCCACCCACCAUUGCAUUACUCACCAGCCGCUGUUUUUGCUGCUUCUCGUGGCUUCUGUUUCCUUGUCUGCCCAUCUCUCCCAAUGCCAUGACAGAUUCAAAGUGAAAGCAGCAGCUUCCUACCCAAGGCUGCCUUCCUGUGUUAGAGAUGUCAUUUUAGAGUAACUGUGUUCCCAUGCUCCAAUCCGUCCUUCCGCCCAAGCAGCCCUGUUGGUUCCUGUAGCAACACACCUGGCCUGUGCCCCCAGAACAGGGAGGCAAGCAGGGCACUGCUUGGGAUUGGCCAUCCUGAAGGCGUUUCCCCUCAAAGGACGUGCCCCAGCAAGUGUCUGCUCCUGGCCUUUGGUGGGGAUGGAAAAUGGCAGCAUUGAAAGGAUAGUGCAGCCUUGUGCUUGGAAGUUGGUCUGUAACUCAACUCAGCCAGCAGCAGUUCCCGCAGAUAGAUGCUUGAGCUGCAGUUGAUUCUAGCAGCUGGGCAGGAAUUGCAAAGUGGGCCAGGCACGACGCUUGCAAGCGGGAGGGGCUUGUGUGGGAAGUUCCCCUCUGCCCUCCACUGCCUGGGUGGCAGGGAGCCCCGAGGGAGGAGGCCUUGCUUGAGAGGCUCACAGUGGGAGCAGCAGGAGAUUCCGGCCGGAGGGGAGGUCUGUUCCAAGAACGGCUCUGAAUCUUCUGGAGCCGCUUGAUCCCCGUCCGCUGCCAGGUUCCCGCUGCAGGGGACAGGAUGGUGCUGAUCCGCCCUCCUAGCAGCCCCUCCCCAGCGGUAGGGAGGAGCGCUGGCUGGGCUGGGUCGGCAGCAGCCGCCGCACCGCCACCGAGGCCCUCGGAGGUGGGCAGGUGGGCAUCAAGCGCCGCAGCCACGCAGGCAGGGGCCUCCCCGCACUCGCCGGGCCAGGAAAUGGGCCUCAGGGAGUAAAGGGAGGCCGGGCAGGAGAGUCGGGAGGUCUUCCUCAUUCAGAGCGGCGGCUGCUGCUCGGGCCGAUUCCCAGUCAAGGCCCUUUAGUGGGGGUGGGUGUCAUUUUGCAUGGGGCAGGGAGAGCCCAACCCUCCGCUCCCCUCCGGCCUCGGCUUUAGAGGCCAUCCAGGCUCCGGCCUGGAACUGGCCGCCCGCGAGCAACUUCCCGAGACCGGAGGGCCGCCCCUUCCCGUUGGUGGGGCCGGAGGGAGUCCGAAGGGGCACGUCGAGUCUCCCGCAUCGCCAGAACCGGCGUCGAGCCCACCGCGGGGCCGCGUCACCGUGAUCGCCCGCAUCCUCUUUUGUCUUGUUCCGGCUCCGGGCCGGAGACCGACGGAAUUGUCCUAUUUUGCAGCGCCUUGUAGACUUGGAGCCUAUUAAACCGCCGCCUCUCUUCAUUUCGCCGCGGCU